UAAGCAGAUAUAAUCAAAAUCCUAAAGCAAUGCAGUAAUGUCAAGUGAAAACCACAAUUUAAAUGCAAUUUAACUGAAAUGUGAAUAUUAUUUAGCAAAUUUAAUAUGCUUACUGUACUAUCAAUUAUCAAGAUGUUACAUUUACUUCUUCACACUGUAUUUAGCCUAUAGCACUGCAAUAUAUUAAUGUGUAUGGGGAGCGGUGUUAAUUGAACAUUAAUUAUUAAGCAUGUUCGUUUCAGCGACCUUAGCAUAAUUAUUCCUUUACCCAAUAGCUGAGCUAAUGUAAUCCAUUAAACUACGUCAGGGUGGGGCUUAUGAGUUUAUAAAAUAGUCAGUGGGCACUGUCAAUGUAGUCAGUGUUAAGCUGUACGACCCUUCAGAUCUUCUGUGUCUUGUAACCGUUGACACAAGGCAGCUUAUUUCAAACUCCAAGGACUCCAAACCAUGAAGAGCUCAGGAAAACUGAUAGGACUGAUCAUAGCUGUACUCUUUACUGUCAUGUCCAGUGGAGAAGAACUUGCCUUAGAUGACCCACAGCUGACCCAGCAGGAAACUGAAAAAGACCUUAUUGAAGCUAUGACAGCACUUUUAGGAAGAUACCAGAAUCAGAACUAUCCACCAUCAACAGAAAAACGUGGCAUUCCACAGUGUGCUGUGGGGUCACGCUGUGCAUUGAAAUUUGGUCCACGCAUUGGGAAACUUUGUGAAUGUGGCAGAGGAUCUAACUGUAACUCGUUCCUCUUAAAAUGCAUCUGAAUCACUAUAAGGAGCAGCAAAUACCUAAAUUCUGCAUUUUCAUCUACAAAAUCUCCUAAACUAUUUAAAUCAGCAUGACAGCUGGAAUGAAGCAUGUUUCUUAUUUUAAUUUUGUUAUGAGAAUAAAUGGACGUCUUUGUUAUCAAAUAAACAUGAAGAUUUCUCAUUUUCUUGUCUUCUUGGAUUAACUUGAUGUACUUAUCAAAUAAAUGUUCUUGUAAUUCCCAAAUAUAAAUAAAUUA